CAUAUUCGCGACUGCAUGUCACAAGACCAGAUUGAACGAUAAUUCAGGUUGACGAGUAGGUUCUUCACUUAGGAAAUAUGACGAGGAGUCAUAGAUCAAGUUAUUUUCCUUUAUAAGUAACUGCUGUGUUAACUUUAUUUAAAAGUAAGAAUUGCCGGAAUAAAAUUACAGUAAAAUAAGUAUCGCCUAUCGGCUUAGCACUGGAUUCACGAUAUUUUCACAAGCACUGACAGCACCUGUGACAGAGUGGUUUUAAAGUUACAAUGUAUGCAGUGAGUGAAUGGAAUGUAGUAAUUCUUUAAAAUUACAAGAUUGACGAAAAUAAAUUUGGAUGCUGUAGAAUUACCUAUCUUAGAUUAUAUUUAUAUAAAAUUAUAUCGCCAAAGUGCUAAAUAUGGAUGAAGGUAUCCAAACAGAAACAACCAGGACUCCGGACUCGUAUCAAAGACAAGACGAGGGAACUAUGACCUCACAAGGACCAGAUCUUCUUGCUCAAGGUCAUUUAAGGAAGCGAUUGGUCAGUGAACAUAAAUUGGAGAGAUCUGGGGCACACAGUCUUAGAGGGGAGUCAUUGGAAGACGAAACAGGGUUUGAACAUAACUGUGUUGUCAUACAUCCAGAAAAUGCUAUUGAGGCCCACAGAAUGGACAAUAACUUUAAAUUUGGUUUCAAGAAGUGGAAAAGUCAUGUGACCGCACGACCUCUGUCUGAGAGGUCAGACAUUGUACAGGACCUAUAUGCAGAUAUCUCUGAGGCCAAACCAGUUGUUGUAUCAACUAUACGACCGACAAAUAUUCUGUAUUUCCUGUUGGUUGGAUGGUGGCUGGCUGUUGUUUAUGUUAUUGUUGCUUUUCUUAUGGCAAUCACCAUCAUUGGGAGAUCUUAUGCACCUUUUUGUUUGCGGAUGGCAAGAUAUUUCUUAUGGCCAUUUGGGAAGUUUGUAUACUUGACACAUGUGUCACCAAAUAUAACCGAUUUAGAAUCUCACUAUCAUCAGAGACAGACGGACGGAGGAUUGGAAGAAGAGACCAGUUUACUUAGAUCUGAAACAUUUGAUGAGAGGAAUUACCAUACACCAGUCUGCAAGAGGUCAUUCUGGAUGUCAGUAAGAACAUACCCAUGGUUGAUACUUGGAGCACCAUUUUUGCUGAUUGUUCAUGGAAUAGUAGCAUUUUUGUCAUGGUUCUUUGUUGUCACUAUUCCCAUUGCCAAGGUGAACAGUAAAGCUAUAACAUAUGUAUUGUGGCUUCCCCCGGACAGAGUCAGUGUGGGCGACUCGGGAACUAUGUCCCUGGAUCCGAAGAAAAUUCGUAGUGAAAUCAUCAUGUAUACACAUCAGUCUGUCAAUAUUUAUUACUACAAAUACACUGUUGAUGGGAUGAACAUUAUUUUAGUCAAUUUGCUUGUGUUUGUACUUUUAUCACUGGUGUUAGGGUAUUCUGACCCAGACAAUAAGAUAACAGAUGGUGUAACUAAAUGUAUUUUAGCUGUUUUAGCCAUUGUUCCAUUAACAUACUAUAUUGGAAUGGCCAUUAUUAGCAUAUCAGCACAGAGUAGUUUUGCUAUUGGGGCAGUUAUGAAUGCUACGUUUGGUUCAGUAGUGGAGUUGAUAUUAUAUAUUGUAUCCCUGUUAAAAGGUGUAGAUACCCAGUCUACAUGUUACGCUGAGCUUGUACGGGCAGCCCUAGCUGGAACAUUAAUUGGAUGUGUAUUAUUUAUUCCCGGUAUAUGUAUGAUAGUAGGUGGUAUCAAGUACAGGUCACAGAAAUUCAACCCCAAAUCAGCCUCAAUUACCGCACUGUUAUUGUUUGUAUCUAUUGGAGGUGUUUUUGCUCCAACAUUGUUUUCAAAGAUAUUUGGGGAUUUACAGUGUCAGAGAUGUGAGAUCAACAGUACAGUGGUGGCAGUACAGAACCAUACAUCAGGCUUGCAGUGUACUGGAUGUACACAGUCUGUGAUUGGGUUGGAUGGUGACAAAUCACUAUAUGACAAGCAUAUUCAACCACUGGUUUAUGCUAUAGCCAUACUUCUACCUAUAUCAUACAUCAUUGGUGUAGUGUUUACAUUGAGAACUCAUACAUCGUAUGUUUAUGACGAAUUUUAUGAUGAGGUAGCCAAAGAUGGCGGCCAUGGGCAUGAAGGUGCUGCCCAGUGGUCAAGGAUAAAGAGUUGUUUUAUAUUGUUGUGUUGUGCCACAUUGAUAGCUCUCUGUGCUGAUCUUAUAGCAGAAAAUAUACAAGAUCUUCUUGAAACUUCCGGUGUGUCAGAGUAUUUUAUUGGUGUGACAAUGAUUGCAAUGAUUCCUGAAUUACCAGAAAUUAUCAACGGAAUACAGUUUUCAUUACAAAAUAAUGUAAAUUUAGGAAUUGAAAUAGGAACAAAUACAGCAAUUCAGGUGUGCUUGAUUCAAGUUCCAGCUUUGAUUCUCAUCAACCUAAUAUAUCCAAUGAAUUUCGUCCUCGUAUUUAAUGAUGUUCAUCUAUGGGCUGUGAUUUUCUCUGUGAUUGUUAUCAACUAUAUCUUCCAAGAUGGGAAAAGUGAUUACUUCCAAGGUUCAGCAUUGGUGUCAAUAUAUGUGAUCCUGUUAUGUAUGUAUUUCUUUGUGCCAACUCCAGAAAGUGCCAAAUGUUGACAGGUUUGAGUGGAAAACUUCUUAAAAAAAUUCUGCAUCUGGGCAACAAUCAACUAUAGAAUUCUACAGGAAAAAAAACCCAUGCAGUUUGUACAAUUCCGGCCUUCUUUAUCAGCCAAUGAUUUAAAAGGAGUCCACCGUUGUUCUUCAUUAAUCAAAGAAGAAAAAAAACGAUGCUGCCUCUGAUAAACAACAUAUAGUUUAUAUGUGUGUUGUUUUUUGUCAGCCAAACAUCAAAAUGAUUCAAGUACAGAUCAGUUACUUGAAACUUUUCGUAUUACAAUCUACAAAUAAGAAACUCUAAAUGGCUUGAAUUACAUUAUUUAAAAAACA